UCUGUCGUCAUCAAGACGAGUGGCUGCCGGCAGCAUUCGUAAAGAAGCAGGAAAGCUGCUAUGGCGAGUCCUGCUGCCACUUCUGUGAGACCGCCCAGGCCCAAGAAAGAGCCGCAGACGCUCGUCAUCCCCAAGAAUGCGGCCGAGGAGCAGAAGCUCAAGCUGGAGCGGCUCAUGAAGAAUCCGGACAAAGCAGUUCCAAUUCCAGAGAAAAUGAAUGAAUGGGCUCCUCGACCUCCUCCAGAAUUUGUCCGAGAUGUCAUGGGUUCCAGUGCCGGGGCUGGCAGUGGAGAGUUCCAUGUGUAUAGGCACCUACGGCGGAGAGAGUACCAGCGGCAGGACUACAUGGAUGCCAUGGCUGAAAAGCAAAAACUGGAUGCAGAGUUUCAGAAGAGACUAGAAAAGAAUAAAAUUGCUGCAGAGGAGCAGACUGCGAAGCGCCGGAAAAAGCGCCAGAAGUUAAAAGAGAAGAAGUUACUGGCAAAGAAGAUGAAACUUGAACAGAAGAAACAGAAGGAAGAACCCAGUCAGUGCCAGGAGCAGCAUGCCAGCAGCUCUGAGGAGGCAUCUGGAACAGAGGAGGAGGAAGAGGAGCCCAGUGCCAUCAUCAUGGGCCGAUAAGGAGUUUCAGAAGUCGUGAGCCCAGCUCAUUCUGUGACCAUCCUCAAAAAAGAAAGGGCUGUGUGUGACCAGCUCCAGACUGGCUGUGCUGGGAGAGGCAGGAGCCUCCUGCAGCCGCUGCCUCUGCCGGAUGCAAAGGCAGCAUCCCUUAGACGUUUGCAGAUUGCAUACUAUAUCCUGCCCUCCUCUUGCUGAAGGGAGUGAGUGCCUCACCGCCCCCUGGUGCCUGUUCCCUUCUGCUUGAACAGCAGUGAGCCCUGGGCUGGUUUCUGUGAAGGGAAUAUUUAUUUAGUAAAGAGCACAAAGCCUGUGGGUCUUGUCCACACGUGCGAGAUGUUGACUACCAAAGCCUCAGCAAAGCCGUGGAGUGACAUAGACUGGGCCUAGAGAUCGGCAGGUCCUCUUCUGCAGACCUUCUAGGCCUAUGACCCAAGCACAUGGACUUGGUUCUAGGAACGGCUUGCAUGUCAGGUGCACAGCCCUGUCCAUUUACAGAGCAGUAGAAUUCAAAGCUGAAGAUGUGUGCUCACCCAGCAGUUCUCAAACCAAGUAUGAGCCAACGGGGCCUUCAGUAGGGGGAAGGAGAGAGGAUCCAGGAAAACAACAAGUGAUGAAAGAGGCGGAGUGUCCCAGAGAGCUGGGAGAUGGAGACACAUACUGGCCAAAGCCUUCCUCCAUCCUUAGACGGGAGGCCUAAGCCGAGAGGGACUGGAGAAGGUGCAACUCUCAGAUGUGGAAAGCCCUCCUGUCAGGAUUUGGAGGCAGCCAGUCUUUCCACUGAGUGUCCUUGAGUGACUGGUUCAAACCUUCUGUGUGUACUGGCCCAGAGUGCAAGCAACACCCACAGGCAUCAUGGAGGACCAGGCAUCAUGCCAGGGAGAAGAGAGGUGACCCAGUACUGCCUUGGUCCUCAGAGCCAUCAGGCCAGUGGGGUGGCAAGCAGUUUCUAGUUUUGUGGUCUGGAGUGUCUCCAGCUUCUGAGUGUGUUGUGUGCCUUUUAUGGAUGUUGGUAGCAUUUUGAGUGAAGGGAAAGCUAAGAAUAUCUUCUACUUUUUAAGUUUUUUGUUGUUUUUUGACAGCUCAUAAAUGUUUACAGUGUAUUUUGACCAGGUUUACUCCCGUUCUCUUACCCCUCCCCCACCGACCCCUUUCCUAACAGACCCCCUCCUCUUUCAUGCCUUGUUUCUGGGAAGGCACACCGAGUGUCUUCAGGUUUGCCGAAUGAGCUUGAGUGAAACCUGGGAACCUUCCCAGUGGCCCUGCCACAGAAGAAAGUGACCCCCUCUCCUUUUACCUCCAUAGCACAGAUUCCAUGGGCCCACUCUGAGCCAUGUGACAUCUGUGAUAACCUCUGUCCCUUUAGCAGUUUGAGACACAUGAGAUAGAUGUUCCUGUCUGUUAGGACUGGUGUUGUGGUUUUGUGACUUGUUUUUAGUUCUCCCUUUACCCAUCUGUGUCAAGGUUCUUGCUUUGAACCUGCAGCCUAGACCUCACGAGAUUUUGCUCCUAUUAGCUGGAGUAACAAGGCUGGGCCUAAAAGCCUUACCCUCUGCUGCCUCAGAGCUCUGGACAAGUCCCUUCCUGCCUCUGCCAGUUUGCCUGGCCCAGAGCUGCAUUCAGCACAUGUGUCCAGCAGCUUGGGAAUGACUAAACAAAGGACUCCAGGCUGACUGACGGCGAGGAGGAAGCAUCUGGGGGGAGAAACUUCUGGCUAAGGGGUUAUCAGUACUCUAGGUUAGCUGACUCUUGGUGUAUCUUCAGACUGUUUAAGGAAAUGGAGCAAUUAGGUGGCGUCACUGAGGCGGCUGGGUGAUACUGCCAGCCACCUCAAAGCCACAGAGAGAAGGAUCCUGCAGUUACGUGUUUGUUGAGGGCUCAUGGGUAGAGAACAUCCUGGCAGCAAACCCCAAGCCUGCUGUAGCAUAGCUGUCUCAGAAAGCCUCGUUACUAUGGUCAUCCCACCCCAAACACACCCAGUCUUUCCUGACCUCAGAAGCUAAGCACGCUUGUCCUGGGCUCCUCAGGAGGCACAGAUGUCUCUGAGGGUCCUGAUUUACCCUUUUCAUUCACUCUUUCAACAGCCAUGUCCUGAGCACCUUGUUUAACAGCCUGGUCAUUUAGAGAAGAAUAUUAGAUUCUGUUAGAUUUCUCAUGGAGUUUCCCAAAUGAGGUUACUCUUGUUACAGAUGGUGUGGCUGGGGUUUAACCAGCCAUUGUGACUAGGACUGUCAUGGAUAUGCUGUCCUGGAGAGAGCUUGCUAGUAGCAUCACUUCAGCAAGAGUGUCCCAUGCUUCCCAGGCUGAGGAUGUAUAGCCUUGCUUUCAUGAGCACAUGGUGUGUGUGUGAGAGAGAGAGUGAUGACUGUUUCAUAAAAGAUUGUUUUUUCUAAUGAUAAUGUGUGGUUUAUGAGCCUGUGCGUACAUUCUAGGGGCCAAAGGGCAUCACUGUCAUGCUCUAUAUACUCCCUCAAGACACAGCAUCUCUGAGCCUGGAAUGAGGUUGGUGGCUAGCAGGCCCUAGCAAUUUUCUUCUCUGACCCCCACAGUACUAGGGUUACAGGUAUGCAUACCCAGCUUUUUAGUGGGUGCUGGGGAUUUGAACUCAUGUCCUCAUACUUGCAUGGCAAGCACUCUUACACAUUGAGAAAUCUCCUCAGCCCUUGUAAUAAACUAUAAUCAGGGGCUGAAGAGGUGGCUCAGCAGUUAAGAGCAUUUACUGUUCUUUCUGAGGACCAGUGUUUGGUUCCCAGCAUCCACAUAACAGCUUAGAACUACCCAUUAACUCCAGUUCUUAAGGACCUAGCACCCACUUUUGACCUCCAUUGGCACUAGGCAUGCCUGUGAUGUGCCAACCUACAUAUAUGCAGGCAGACAAAACACAUAAAAUCUUUAAAAAAAAAAAAAGAUUCUAUUAGAGCUCACCCCCAUUUUGCACGGAUUCCAUACUUGUGAAUUGCUUAUUUAUUAAAAUUUGUGUGUAGCCCACAAAUCCACACUUGCCUGCAUACAAUGUCAAAAAGUUUUAGUGGCCUCUCAACACUUUCCCAGCUGAGGUUGAAGAAGUCAACCCCACGUCUUGUUUUAGCUCAUAUUCUCUGUGCCCUUCCCAGGCCUAGUACCCAGUGUUCUGUUGGCAGAGUUGCCGUUUUAAAGGUCUCUCCGGGCAUCAUGCUAGGAUGCCUAAGAGCAGGAAGUGUGUUUGAUGAGCUUCCCUCAGCAUUUAGUAUGGCGGCACUGCUGCCUGCGAGCCUUGCGUUCAUGACUCAGUGGUAGACGGUGAGUAAGGGGGCAUGGUAAGUGUUCAGCUGGUGAUGCCAAGCCUGGGACCCACGUGGUAGAAGGAGAAAACCAACUCCCAGAAGUUGUCCUCUAACUUCCACACACAUAAAUAAAUACAUGUAAUUUUA